UAAUUGUUGUGUCAUCUGUCAAACAAAACAAAUUUUUAUUACAGUUUUUUCAAGAAUCUUAAAUUAUUUUUCAUUUAAAAGCAGGAAAAUUCGAGUCAAAUCCCUUGAUUUUCGACUUUUGUGGAACGUAUAUUUCACAAGGAGCGUGAUAGUACACAGCAGGACGAUAAUCAAGUCGAGUAAUUGAUACUGCAAAUCCAAUUAGAAAAUCUUCUAUAACAGGAUUGCUCUCAAAUCCUAGCUUUAAAUUUAACCUGUGUUUACAAUUAAAUACAAACAGAAACUAUUUUCGAUCUCAUUUAUUAGUGUAACCGGUCUGAUGUUAUAAUAUGUACAGUUAGGAAUCAUAUUAGGGAACUUGAAGAUGUUCAAUUCAGGGAUACAAGGAAGUCAAAGGUGCAAUGGUUUAAGUCAAACAGCAUCUUCACUCCAACAAAUUUCUAGUAAUAAUAAGCAGAUACAGCCAGCAAAUUCUAAUAGAUGUAAAAUAGCAAGCCGAGGUCCACAUAACAAUGAUAAGCUUAGAUACCGUAGGAGCAGCAAAAAUGGAUUAUUACCAAAUGUUGAUUAUGCUAAUAUUAAGGUAGAACCAGAUGACUUAGGAUAUAAAAAUCAUGUUACUGCCCACAGUAUUAUAGGAUUAGGAGAUAUAAAUGGCAAAUCAAAGCUGAGCACAACGCCAACAAUGGAAAAACAAAAAAUAAAAAAAGAAGAUGUAGCCACACAAAAUGAUUUAAUCCAGUGGAUUAAUUUUGAAAAUGAUAUUUAUAAUCAUUAUCAACAUCAUUGGUUCAGUGCAGGUCUUGAGAAAUUCAAGAUAGAAGAUAGAUCACGAGAGGAAAGGAUCGAAAUAACUAGACAUGAAUUUAGGAGACACAUUCAGCAGUUGGUUAAAAGUAAUGUCGGUCAACCGAAUAAGUUUUUGCAAGAAUUUUUCAAACAGUAUGUUAGGCAUUCACCUUCAUCAGUCUCUAAAAGCAAAUCUUACACCAGCGAAAGACACUACCGCCAUCUGACGGCCACGCGGCGCUGUUGCGUGCAGGACUGCGCGAGACAAGCGUUGCCAUGCGCGGCGCACUGCUCGAUGCAUAUCAUGCUCAACACCGAGCAGGUGUUGUUCCAGUACUGUACGGCGAAGUUCGCAGAUAACACGCAUUGCACCACUCCGGUGGUGAAUAUACAGAACGAAUUGGCGUUGUGUCGGGAACACGUCAGGAAACGGGAUAAUUACAAAUUGUAUCAAGAAACAAAACCAAAGAAACUAAGGAAAAAAGUGAAACCUUCGGCUAUGAUCCGACCGCAAAAAAGGAGCAAGAAGAAGAAAAAAUUAGUAAAUUAUGCAAACAAAUCAAACGCUGCACCUGUAUCGUCAUCGCUGGUACAUCGGCUGUCUAGGAGUUCACCUGAAUCAGUUCAAAAUUAUGAGUCAUCGGAAGCGACAGAGAUUAUCGAGACGGAUUCACCCGAGCUAGAAGACAUACAAAUCGUCGAUCAGGUGUUAGCCUUGCACGAAAACGGGCUGGAGCAUCCCCUGGAAACGCAAACACAAUUGCUGGAAGAGACCGACAUAAACACUGUUCUCAGCACUAUCCAGGUGGACGAGUUUACAGAUUUCUUCACAGGGACGCGCAACGGCGAGUACGGCGAACCGUCGCGAGAGGAGGCCGAGGAGCUCGAGAAAGCGUUGGCGGCCGUCGAUAAUGACGUGAAGUCGUUGGAAAAGCUGUCGGCGUCGCACGGCCUGCUCGAUCCGAUGAUGCUCGACGAACACGUCCUCGCCGAGACGCUCGUGCACUUGCCAGAGGUGUUUCAUAACACCGGAGUCACAGGGUGUUGUGGGGACAACAUGGUAACCCAGACGACGAGUUACCUGAUGACUGUACAACCACAUUCCCACUCGUAGGUAGAAGAAAAUGAUAAAAACCGAAAGGUAUCACCUCCGGGCAAAGAUGGAAUAUCUCGAUACCGUACACAUUACCUGAUCAGUAAAAUACUUUAAUCGUGAAAAAACUGAGGGUGCCGUUUUCACUAUGUCACGAUAAUUUUCCUUGCCAUACGAAUCAACUUUGGAUUGAGCGGAAUUGAAAAGUUGGAGGGUUGGACAGGUUAAAAUAUAAAACGUAGGAAAUUACAGGAAACUGCGAAUUUUGGACUAGCUCUCAAAGGCGAUUUUUGAGACAACUUUAGUUAACAUAGAUUGUUGUGAGGUUGAUUCCAAUUCCUUAUCAAUUUUUUUUCACCGAUUUAGUUUGUUCUGUGUAAAAACGACAUUUUCUUAGCAGUGAAUCGCUCUUAAAAAACUAGUGGGUGGUGACCCCCUGCAAAGUAUUUCAAAUGCAUACUUUCAUUUAGAGUCUAAUCAUAGGCUUCUUACUUAUAAAUAACUACAAUAAAAUUGGAUUAUAUUGAUCAAGUAGUUUGUUGGGAACUUCUUAUAUAAAAAACGCGUUUUCUCAUUCUUUGUUGUCAAAUAAAAAGUUUUCGCACAAAAAUUGGUGUACUCAAUUUAUGCGUCCAUGUUUUAAAUACCCUCUUGAACAACUUGCAUCAAUAAAACCAAUAUUAAGAAUUUUAAUCAUACUACGCGGUGCCGAAAAAUGGUUCAGUGUUUUGCGGUUCUGGUUCUUCAUUGCGAUUAAAAUUUCCUGAUCCAUAUUUCAAGAGGCAUUUUUCAUGCAAACGACACUUAUUUUUACAAAAACUAAUGACCUACAAUCGUUUGCUAAAUAUGUACCCAGAAGUCGACGUCAAACCGGAGACGGGGGAUAGGCCAAGUUAUAGUAGUUAGAGAAAUAUAAAAAAAAAGUCAAAUACUUUUCAAAAAAAAUUGAAAUUUGUAGUAAUGUGAACUAAAAUAUCAUGGGAUGUAGAUUCUAUAACACCCAGUAUAUUGAACGAUGCGACGAUAUCUGAAACCCGCGUCCUCAGUUUUGAUAAUUGGCGAUAUAGAAGCACAAACAGUGUAUAAAGUUUCGGUAGAAAAUUCUAGUGAGUGAUGUUUUUUAACGAGUGGUUGACAUCGGUCAAAUUUAAAUAUCUAUUUUAGUCUUUUUAUACUGUCUUUUACAAACGUUAGGAUCAUAGUGUUAGUUCGUAGGAAAAGCUUAUUUAUGUUUCUUAUUAGUUAGAAUUUUGGCGUUUGUAUACGGGGUGAUUCACAAGUCGCGACCAAAAAUGAAACAUCAACACAGGACCGCAUGUUCUAUGUAACAUUUUUUCCUCGAUAUACGGAGUGUUGAAGUUUUUUUAGUAUCUUUAAAAUCGUCAAAUUUGGAAUGUGGAUUUACAUAUUGUCCACAUUCAAAAGUCUUUACCGAAAAUUAACAAGCAUCAGGGGCGGAGAUACAGAGGAUUAGUCGCAUUAUUUUUCCAAAUAAAAAUCGUGCGCCACUUUUUUUUCGAAAAACUUUGAUGAAACGCAUUAUCUAUUCUUUCUUGUUACUGAUCAACAGUAUUAAUUUGUUCCUCAUGCACAAGUUGUUAAAAAACGCCCCACAAAAAGAAAUCCAGGGGGUUCAAAUCAGGAGACCUCGCAGGCGAAUGUACGGGUCCGUUUCUGCCAGUCCAUCGUUUCUAAAAUGAUUAUUUAACCAUGAGGUUAUGUCACGACAAACACGCGCUGAUAUCACAUUCGUACUCUCGUUGCUAACGGAACAUCAUCUGACACAUUUUCUACGCAAUAGGAAGGUACGCCAUUUUUUGAUUUUUACUCAAAUCGAGAGAUUUUGUUAUUAAAACACGAUACAAAAAAUUGAGCAAAAAAUAUUGAUAUUUACAUCGACUAAAAGCAUUUCAAAAUCAAGGAUCGGCGCGUGGCUGGAGAAUUGUUAAAUUCUGUGAACUUUGACGGUGUUAAAUGUCGAACAGAAAGUGGUAUUUUGUACCAAAAUGUACAAGUACGUCAAGUGCAACACCACAAAACAUUUUUGUGAGUGUUCCAAAAGCUGCAAAUAGAACCGAUUUCGGGGCUCUUAAUAGACGCAACAAGGUAAAAAGGUAUGUAUGAUAAUUUAAAUUCCAUGAUAUUUUACCUAGGAAGAAAAAAGCAGAGAUAAAUAGCCUUCAAAAUUAUUGCCA